GAAUAUUCGGUAUUAGUUUACUCGAGAUGGCAACGCUAGAUUUCACCUCUGUCUUCCCGCUCAAUUGGUCGAAAAUUUUUAAGCAAACAGCAUCUGUGAAAAAAAGUGUACAAAAUCAAAAAUAAUUGAAAAAAAGAUGACGAACGCCAAUUCUACGACUAAUCAACAGAGAAACGUUGAAAAUGCAGCUCGGGCUAAGAACCCUUUGGAAUCUGUGCCAGACACGUCCCAUUUCACCGCAAAGAAUGGCGCAGAAUACAAACUAUAUUGUCGGGCAAAAGGGGACAUGGACGCAAAAAUAUUAAAAUGGGCAUUUAAGUUGGCGGAGCGGAAUGUGAGCCCGUUUUAUAAAGCUUUGGAAAUGGGGUGGCAGCCAAAGGUAAAACAAAAUGACUUGAAUAAAAAGUGGGCACGUUAUUUAGUAGCAACAGACAAGAGUGGAGAAUCGGUGGCAUAUACCAUGUUUCGUUUUGAUAUGGACUACGGCCAUAGCGUGCUUUACUGCUACGAAAUGCAGAUAGAAAGCAGCUCCCAGCGUCAAGGACUUGGCAAAUUUAUGAUGAAUGCACUGGAACAGUGUGCUCGCCACUGGCAUAUGGACAAAGUUGUGUUAACGGUACUGAAAAACAAUACCAAUGCUACGGCAUUCUUUAAAGCUAUUGGCUACGGUUUGGAUGAGACGUCGCCUGACAUAUUGGAGAAAGCAGAAUAUGAGAUUCUGAGCAAGUGUAUAUAAAACAUCUUGACUAAUUACGAUGACGAUGUACAAAGUUGGCUUAAGUUUACAUUUCUCCUUUAUUUUACAACUCUGAAUAAUUAACAAAAUUCUACAAUAUAUAUUUCAUUACUAAAUUAAAUUAGGCGUUUGGCCUGUUCCUCCAUAUAUUUUGCGACGCGAAUGUCUUUCGCACUAAGACCACCAACAUCAUGUGUAGACAUUGUGACUUGCACCUUAUUGUAAACGUUGAACCACUCCGGGUGGUGGUUCAGUUUUUCGGCAAGCAGUGCAACACCGGACAUAAAACUGAAA